AUGUCUAGACGGAGUAGCAGAGACUAUGAAGGAGAUACCUUCGACGAUGCCCUGGAAGCUCCAACAUCUCAAAACAACCUCACCGUGUCUAUUCCCCAGAGUUCUUCCACCCGCUCCCUGACAGACAGUCCCCCGAGCGCUUCGGCUACCACACCUCAGUUAACCGAUGUGCCCUCCCUGCCAACCGCUGACCAGGACGAAGUGAAGACAAAUGGAGAGACAGUUGAUGCUCAUUCAGACACACGGUCGGAAGCGGAGGAAACGCCUCGCAAACAAAAAUUACAGAAAUCCCCACUGUUGACGGCUCACCGAUUGUCUACCACUUCCCUCGACGAGGUGAAUCUCGCCAGUAACAACAAAGACGAUGAGUCCUUCGAGAACCAUGAUUUAAGCCCAGGCCACAACCCUGGCUCUCCCCCGUUACCCGCUAGGGAGUCGAUGUCGGCUCAGAAUCCCCGCCUGUCAGACCCUGCUCCUGUGAUCAAGAACACAGCCUCUGCUGCACCGCCGCCACCACCAGCUCGAAAGCUUACAGGCCCAUUUGCCUGGCUUACUCGGAGUUCGACGGGGAGCAAAGAGACGAAAUCACCGCCUCAAAACAGUCGCCGGAGCACGGCCGCUUCUAUAUCCACAAUCUCCAGUAAUCCUGAAUUGGCCGGCCGAACACAGGAUGGUGAGGAUCAUGAUGGUGCGAGCACGGGAUCUCGAAAGCCGGCUCGCAACAGCUUGAAGGAUCAGUUUAAAAUGCUCAGAAUGCGGGAUGAAGGGUUAGUUUCGGAGAAUGACGAAGCAAGUGUCGCGUCGGGACGUGCAAGCAUUAGUCAAUCCGCUGGAAGCCCGCCCCCAAGCAUCCCAGAAGAAGGCGAGAACGAUUCCGCAGCUACAACAGCAAGCUCGCCGCCCAAUGUGCCACCGACGGUGAACCCAAAUCUCGCCCCGGGAACAGUCUCUGGAUUUUCAGCCUCUGCAACUGACGCCGCGGCACCUGUCGAUUGGGAGCUAUGGCAGCAACUAGUCAACGGUGGUCUCCAGGCGCUGAAGGGCGCGAACUCCGAAGAGUUGAACGCCGCCAUCAAACGAGGAAUCCCGCAGACCAUUCGAGGGGUCAUCUGGCAAGUCCUGGCUGACAGCAGAAACCCUGAACUUGAAGAAGUUUACCGGGAACUGGUUGCGCGUGGCACAGAAAAGGAAAAAUCCCGAAUUUCUAAUGGCACGACAAAUGGAGAGAAAGAGUCCGCAUCUUCAUCUCGAUCGUCCAUUCGCUCCGAACAUUCGGGGUCGGCCGCGCAUUCGGUCAACGGGUCCCCUAGCCCUUCACACGAAGUGGACCCCGAAAAACUGGCAAAAGAGCAGGCUGCGAGCGAGGCGGCUCGGAAAAAGAAGGAGAAGGAAGACGGUGUGGCCCUGCAGAAGCUGGAAAAGACUAUUCGGCGGGACUUGGGUGCUCGCACGAGUUAUUCCCGUUAUUUUGUGUCGCAAGGUAACCAGGAAGGUCUAUUUGGUUUGUGUAAAGCGUACGCUCUGUAUGACGAGGCCGUGGGGUAUGCACAGGGCAUGAAUUUCAUUGUUAUGCCACUGCUAUUUAAUAUGGAUGAGGCUGAAGCAUUCACGCUGCUGGUCAAGUUGAUGAAUCACUAUGGCUUACGGGAGAUGUUCAUCCAUGAUAUGCCUGGUCUGCACCGCAGCCUUUUCCUUUUCGAGCGCUUGCUCGAGGACAUGGAACCUGCCUUAUACUGCCACCUUCGCCGGCGAGGGGUACACCCGCAGUUGUAUGCCACGCAGUGGUUCCUGACUCUUUUCGCAUAUCGCUUCCCCCUACAACUAGUUCUCCGCAUCUACGAUCUCAUUCUUGAUGAGGGACUUGAAAAUACAAUUCUUAAAUUUGCGAUCGCCAUUAUGCGUCGAAACUCCGAGGCGCUUCUGGGCAUGAAAGACAUGACUCCACUGACCUCGUUCCUCAAGGAGCGUUUGUUCGAUGUCUACAUUGACAAACAGCCCUCAGCGUCGUCGAUCCUCGAGUCUGGGUUUUUCGGCAGCUCGGGGGCUGCUGACAAGGAAGUUUAUCGCGCGGACUUGUUGGUCCAGGAUGCCUGUGCUGUUCCUCUUGAUCGUGAGACGAUUCGCGCCUACACGGCGGAAUGGGAGGAAAAAGUACGGACUGAACGGGAACGCGAACAGGAGCUAGAGAACCUCAAACAUACGGUAGCCACACAGAGUGCCCGGAUCCGAUUACUGGAAGAACAAGCUGAGGCGUCGGACAAAGAGCAUGUUCACCUUGCUUCUGAACUUGUCCACCUCAAAGUAGAAAAUGAAGAGCUAACUGACCUGAACGACGCCUUGAAUAUGCAGGUCAAGAACCUGAAGAUUGUAGUGGACCAACAGCCGGCAGAGGUCGAAGAGAAGCUCCAAACCGAGAUGGAUCGCAUCAUGAAGCGCAACAUGGAGGUUCAGAACGAAAACCGGUCAAUGGUGGAGCAAAUGGCGGAAAUGGAAAAAGAACUCGUGGAGGCGAAGAUGAAGUGGGCAGAGAUCCAUGAAGACUACGAGAAUCUGAAACAAAAAUGGAGCGAUCUCCGCAAGGCCCUUGAUUAG